AUGAGAGGAGUUAUUAGAUCCCAUUUUUUGCAUUUUCUUCUUUUUUUUUUAAGUUCCUUUCCUUCUUCAAGGUCUUUGGAUGGGGAUGAUUACAGUGAAACACAAAACCCUGCCGUCCUCCCUGGUGUAACGGACCUCAUCCACAAACGGCUUUCGAAUCUUACUACAUUGCUAAUCAAAGAUAUUGGUAGUGAUUUGAGCUUCUGCAUAAAGAAUGCGCAAGAGGAUUUGGAUGGAGCAUUUAAUUUUUCAAAAAAUAUGGAUUUUGUGACUAAUUGUAUCAAGAAAACAAAAGGAGAUGUCACCCUGAGACUAUGUACAGCAGCAGAGAUAAAAUUUUAUUUCGAUAGUUUAUUUUCAAAGGGGGCCAAAACUGGUUACGUAAAAGUUAACAAGAACUGCAAUUUGAAAUCUUGGGUCUCUGGAUGUGAGCCAGGAUGGGGUUGUUUUGCUGACGGGGGGCAACAGAUUGAUCUAAAAAAUACCAGUUACAUGCCUUCCAGGAGUCAAGAUUGUCAACCUUGUUGUGAAGGAUUCUUUUGCCCUAGGGGUCUUGCUUGCAUGAUACCAUGCCCUUUAGGUUCUUAUUGUCCGCUUGCAACGCUGAAUAAAACAACCGGAGUUUGUGACCCGUAUAAUUACCAAAUUCCUCCUGGAAAGCCAAAUCACAGUUGCGGCACUGCAGAUAUUUGGGCUGAUGUUGGAAGUAGUAGUGAGAUAUUCUGUUCAGCAGGAUCAUACUGCCCUAAUACCCUUAAUAAAAUUACUUGCAGUAAGGGGCAUUACUGCAGAAAGGGUUCCACUUCCCAAAUUUCUUGCUUCAAAUUAACUACUUGCAAUCCAAAUACUUCAAACCAAAAUAUUCACGGUUAUGGAGUCAUGCUCUUUGUUGGACUGAGUCUCCUGCUGCUCAUUAUUUAUAAUUUCUCUGAUCAAGUUAUUAGUACUAAAGAAAGAAGACAGGCUAAAUCCCGAGAAGCAGCAGCAAAGCAUGCGCGUGAAACUGCGCAAGCACGGGAAAGGUGGAAAGCAGCAAAAGAUAUUGCUAAGAAAGGGGGUUGGCAGGCACAGCUUUCAAAGACAUUUUCUCGAGCUAAAUCACAAAGGAAAACUGAACAGCAGAAGGCAUCAGGUGUAGGUAAAUCUACUGAAGCUCCUGUACCACCACCGCCAAAGGUAGCCGAGCAAACCUCCAAAGGUUCAAAGGAGAAGAAAAAGGAACCAGGCGACCUCACAAAGAUGUUGCAUUCCCUUGAAGAUGAUCCCAAAAGUAAUGAGGGUUUUGAUUUGAAUAUUGGAGGGAAAAAUGUGAAAAAACAAGCACCAAAGGGUAAGCAAUUGCAUACUCAGAGUCAAAUUUUCAAGUAUGCCUAUGGUCAAAUUGAGAAGGAAAAAGCACAACAGAACAAGAACUUGACUUUCUCCGGAAUAAUUUCAAUGGCUACUGAUAACGAUAUCAGGACCAGGCCUAUGAUUGAGAUUUAUUUCAAGGAUCUAACCCUCACUUUGAAGGGGAAAAACAAAAAUUUACUCAGGUCUGUCACUGGGAAACUCAUGCCUGGUCGUGUAUCCGCAGUUAUGGGCCCAUCAGGAGCCGGAAAAACUACAUUUCUCUCUGCUUUGACAGGGAAAACUGCUGCUGGAUGCAGUGUUACAGGUUUGAUUCUUGUAAAUGGAAAAAACGAACCUAUCCAAGCAUAUAGGAAAAUUAUUGGAUAUGUGCCUCAAGAUGACAUAGUGCAUGGAAACUUGACAGUAGAGGAGAACCUUCGGUUCAGUGCGAGAUGCAGAUUAUCUGCGGACCUGGCAAAACCCGAUAAAGUUUUGGUUAUCGAAAGGGUUAUUGAGUCCUUGGGUCUACAAGCAGUAAGGGAUUCACUUGUAGGAACAGUGGAGAAACGAGGGAUCUCUGGAGGCCAAAGAAAACGUGUAAAUGUUGGACUAGAGAUGGUUAUGGAACCUUCUCUAUUGAUCUUGGAUGAGCCUACUACUGGUUUAGACAGUUCUUCAUCACAGUUACUCCUUCGAGCACUUCGACGUGAAGCUCUUGAAGGGGUAAACAUCUGCAUGGUACUUCACCAACCAAGCUAUACUUUGUUCAAGAUGUUUGAUGAUUUAAUACUUCUAGCCAAAGGUGGUCUGGUUGCAUAUCUUGGACCUGUGAAGAAAGUUGAAGAAUACUUUUCCAGCAUAGGGAUCAAUGUGCCCGACCGUGUUAAUCCUCCGGACCACUUAAUCGACAUUCUGGAAGGGAUUGAGAAACCAGCUACAGUGACUCGUGAACAACUUCCUGUCCGAUGGAUGCUACACAAUGGCUACCCAGUACCCCUAGAUAUGCUUGAUUUGGCUGAAGGACUUUCAACACCCUCUGGUUCAAAUCCAAAUAAUUCUGGCGCCACUGCUGGGGGACAAGCAUUUGCUGGAGACCUGCCUGAUGAUGCAAAGAUUAAUGUCUCGAAAUCUAAAGAUCUAUCCAACAGACGAUCACCGGGUAUACUUCGCCAGUACAGAUACUUUCUUGGCAGGAUUCUUAAACAGCGACUACGAGAAGGUCAGAUGCAAGCUGUCGAUUUAAUGAUCCUUCUUCUUGCGGGAGCCUGCUUAGGGACUCUUGCAAAAGUGACAGAUGAAACACUGGAUAACGCUGGCUACACAUUUUCAGUCAUUGCAGUGUCACUAUUAUCGAUGAUCGCUGCAUUGAGAACGUAUUCGCUAGAUAAAUUACAAUACAAAAGGGAGACUGAAUCCGGGAUCAGCAGUCUAGCUCAUUUUCUAUCGAAAGACACAAUUGAUUUGUUCAACAUCAUCAUCAAACCAGUGGCAUAUUUAUCAAUGUUCUAUUUCUUCAACAAUCCAAGAUCAAGCUUUCAAGAUAACUACGUUAUAUUGAUGGCACUUGUUUACUGUGUCACUGGUAUGGCUUACGUAUUAGCCAUUUCCUUUGCACCUAGUCUUGCCCAACUGUGGGCAGUGCUUGUUCCCGUUGUUUUGACUCUCGUUGCAAACAAGGGAAAAGAUAGUAUGAUUCAGAAAUAUUUUGGCAAAUUUUGCUACACAAAGUGGGCUUUGGAAGCUUUUGUCAUUGCAAAUGCUGAAAAGUACUCUGGAGUUUGGCUAUUAACUCGUUGCAAAUCAUUGGAAUCUGGCGGUUAUAAUCUCCAUGACUGGAAACUUUGUUUAAUCAUCCUUAUUGUCAAUGGCGUUAUCGCUCGCAUUCUAGCUUUCAUUAUACUUGUAACGAGAUGAGUUUGGAGAAGAAUUCAAUUUCCUUUUUUCUUUUUCUUUUUUUUUGUAUAAAAAGAAACUCACCAUCGAACAGGAAAGAAAAGAAAAGAAAAGAAAGAAAAUUCAUGGCUAACUGUU